AUGGCUCAGCCUUUGGGAGCACGGAAGAGAAGAACUGACACAAUGGAAUCCGCUGCCAGGAACAAAGGGCUGAGGAAUCUGCUGUGCACACGGACCUGCAUUCAUCUGAACCUGUUCUCCUCCUUCAUCCUGCGCGGGGGGGCAGUGUUCGUGAAGGAUGCGGUGCUGUUUGCUGACGAGAGCACCGACCACUGCACUGUGUCUACUGUUGGCUGUAAGGUGGCAGUGGCUCUCUUCCAGUACUGUGUCCUGGCGAACUUCUUCUGGCUGCUGGUGGAGGGGCUCUACCUGCAGACCCUCCUGGUUUUCACCUUCACCCAGCACAGGAGAUUCUUCUGGUGGUACAUCCUCAUUGGUUGAGGAUCUCCCUCGAUAACCAUUGUCAUCUGGACAGUAUUUAAGAUUCAGUAUGACAACACAGGGUGUUGGGACGACCUAGAAAGCGCCCUCUGGUGGAUCAUUAAAGGACCCAUCCCGCUCUCUAUCUUUAUAAGAUUGGUAAACUUUGUAGUGUUUGUGAACAUCAUCAGGAUCAUUGUUCAGAAGAUGAAGAUGCCAGUAGUAGAGGGAAGUGAGAAUCCACACUACAGGAGGCUUGCAAAAUCCACCCUGCUGCUAAUCCCCCGGUUUGGGGUGCAUUAAACGGUGUUUGCGCUCUUCCCGGAGAACAUGGGCUUGGAGGCAAGGCUCUGCUUUGAGCUGGUUCUGGGAUCCUUCCAGGGGUUUGUUGUUGCAUUGCUCUACUGCUUCUUAAACGGGGAGGUUCAGAAUGAAGUGAUAAAGCAAAUGCGGCGAUGUCGGCCUACUAGUGGCAGCAAUGCCUUCGACCUGGUGAUCCAGGAUUACACAGCCUAG